CGAGAGAGUCCAUCGAGCCUCCUCUAUUCCUCCUCCACCUCCUACCUCUUCUUCCACUGCUUCUCCCUCCUUAUCGUACCUCUCUCCCCCUGAAAUCUAGAACAAGAACCGCGUGGCGAGGCAGCCCGGUACCAGUGGCACCGACGAACUCGGUACCAACGGAGGUCUUUUCAAGGUUUCGAAUCUUGUAGCAUCGUCCACGCCGCGAGAUUCCUCACGACAGCGUCGGGGAAACCAACGGGAAGACCGAAGAAUCUUGAGAAGCAAUUCGACUCGAAGAAAAAGAAAAGCCGUUUGAGCUAUUGUUUGGCUGCAGAGGCUACCAAACGUUAGACCGCACAUUGAGACUGAGGACCAGCUCGCGAGGAUUCGAUCCGAGCUAGCGAAUGCGCCCACGAAGGAUACUGAAGCAUCAGGACUCUCGGAAUCUAGACAGAGAGCGAGAAAGAGAGAGACAGCUUGCUGCCGGCUCGCCACUUUUUCCACAAUCCUUACAGUGACCGUCCAAGUCAAGAAACGUGAAGAUGAGACACGUGAUGAACAAGACGAAAACGGUGCUUCUGCUCGCGCUGCUGCUCCUAAACGUCCUUCUCGCCGCCGGAUACGUUCCCUACAAGAAGUCACAUCUGAAGAUGCAGAAGCUGUGCUCCAAGAGCCUGAGCGAUGCCCUGUACGUCGUCUGCCGGGAGAGUGGCUACAAUGAGCCCUUCUCGUACAGUGGUGAGGACGAGCCGAGGGCGGACACCGGGCCCGGACUUGUCGAGGAGUGCUGUUACCACUCGUGCAGCUACGAUCAGCUCACGCAGUACUGCAAACCCUUGCCGGAAGAGAAACGAGCUGACUCGAGAGACGUCAUCGGGGAGUCGAACGUAGCGAAUUUGCCUUAUUCCACAUCGACGAGAGAUCUGUCGUCGGAGCAGAAUCCACCAUUGGAGAUGGACCAUGUCGGCGGUGCGAUAAAACGUAAGGUCGAUGAUUUGAAAAGGGGACGGCACAGGGGGAAAGGUGGUCGCAAUGAUGAUGAAUGCAGGGGAAAGGCUGAUGCGAAAAAGCGACAUCGCGGCAGGCAUUGCAGAUGCCGGCAUCGGCGUCUGCAGUGUCGCCGAGCUAGCAAGGUUUCCCAUGGCAACGUUAAGCCUCUAGUUAACAAAUUUACUACAGCACCGCCGACACAAAACACUACAUCGUUUCCUGUUACAUCAUAAUAGAACUUAUAACGUUAAAAACGAUAAUCAAUUAGCGACUGUCCACACGGAAAAAAUAAGGAUUAAAAAAAGUCUGCGAGAAGCGACGUGCUCGGAAAGAAUCCUUUUCUUUCUUCAGUAUCAUCAUUUGAACGUUUUGAUUGAUUAACAAAACUUAACAGAGGAAAACGUAAUCCACGAAAUACAAUUUUUCGCGAUCUUGGACGAAUUUGGAAGGAUUCACGAUUAAGGAAGCAAAGAAGAUCGAUUAUUUCGUGUGCGAGGCUACAACUUUUCUUUUACAAUGCCAAGAACAAUGCCUCUAAAGAAAAAGUGAAAUUUGAUGACAUGUCUCAAAAACCAUCACGGACUACAUCGAAUGCAAUAAUAAUAAUAAACUCGAAUUAGAACACGAUUCGAGUGAUCAGGCCGUGAUCUCGAAAAAAAGAUUUCAACAAGUGACUCCGACGUAAGAGCUCCGACGAAGAUUCGAGAAACAGCCGGAUUCGGACAUUCGCUAGUGAUGUUAGUUUUAUUGAUGACUGAUGAUCUCAUUAGUAUUAAAUUUCUCGUUAUAUAAAUUUAAGGUUUAAGUUAAAGCAGAGUAUGAAACAUAUCGACGAACGCGUACUUUAUUAGUCCAUCCAUGCAGGUGGACAAAAACUAAAUGCGGAAUUGUAAAUUUUAAUAAAGACAUAUACAUCUCCAGGUUGUAAGUAGAAGUUUUGUAUCAUCUACCACACAUAGCAUAGCAUACAUCUGAAUUGUAUCGCUCAUUCGAAGAAUCCUAGUUAAUGUCUGCGUUAACAACCAAUUAUAGUUUUAAUAAUAAUAGACCAAUAAACGUUUAUACAAA